ACAAGUGCCCUACCUAGGGUUCACAUAUCGAUAACGGCUGUGCACCUUAGCUAGUGCACUACAUUUAAAAUUUUUGAGGCAUUUGGAGCUCAGUCGUGAUUUUACAGUUAUAACGGAGAGUUUGUGCGGUUUCUCCAGGAGUUCUGGUGAAAGUCAUGGCUGCAAAGCGAGCCUUAGUGAUUUUGUCCAAAGGGGCGGAGGAGAUGGAGACCGUCAUCCCGGUGGAUGUGAUGCGCAGAGCCGGGAUCGCUGUGACUGUAGCAGGACUGAUGGGGAAAGAUCCUGUUCAGUGCAGCCGUGAUGUCCUCAUCUGUCCAGAUUCAAGCCUGGAGGAAGCCUCGAAACAGGGUCCGUAUGAUGUGGUUCUGUUACCCGGAGGACUGCUCGGAGCCCAGAACCUGUCUGAGUCUCCUGCUGUGAAGGAGGUGCUGAAGGAGCAGGAGGGCAGGAAGGGGCUGAUUGCUGCCAUCUGCGCAGGCCCUACUGCGCUUUUGGCUCAUGGAAUUGGUUACGGCAGCACGGUUACGACCCACCCGGGUGCCAAAGACAAGAUGAUGGCUGGAGGUCACUACAAGUAUUCAGAGGCCCGUGUCCAGAAAGACGGACACCUGAUCACGAGCCGAGGCCCAGGCACCAGCUUCGAGUUCGCCCUGACCAUAGUGGAGGAGCUGCUGGGCGCUGAGGUGGCCGCUCAGGUCAAAGCACCACUCGUCCUGAAAGAUUAGUAGCGAUUAAUUCAUCUGAAUGAAUGGAAUAAACAAAUCUGUACUGCACUUCAUUAAACGGAGCAGCAACCAUCAUAUGUGAGCUGAGAAUCACUGUAUGCUUAUUUUUGGAGAAUAAAACAAAAGCACCUUA